AAUUACAUACUCCACUUAUUUAUCUUAAACAAUUUGGAGUUUAUCUUAAACAAUAGGAUCGAAAAGACUUUAAAGAGUAUCUUUUCAGUUAGCAAGUCUACCAUACAUAUUCAUCUUUUGCAAGAAAAAAAAAAGUGUACAUAUUCAUCAGUAACUUUACAGAGUAUUUCAUCGUUAAUUGGUCUUCUACAACCUCAAAUUCAAACAUCUGUCCAUUAUAAUGUUGGUCUCUGCAACAGUUAUGACGCAAGUGAUUAUGUAUGGAUCAUACACGAUGUGGUUGAUGAUGCCAUACUUAACCGAUGUAUGGGAUAUGAGCAUCAUACAGGCAGCUGCAGUUAUCAACAUAUUUGAUGGAGUAGUUGCCAUUCUUCCACUCGGGUUGAGAUUUAUUAUCGAUUCACUUGGUAAUCCCAUGAUGGCUGAUUAUUGGAUGCUUUUGUGGUCUGGGAUCUCUGGUAUUUUAGGUUUGUUGCUUGUAACGAUGUCCACACCACCGAUGCUUUCAAAGGCUACCGGAACAUGUAGCGAAUACGAACCCAAGUGUAUAGGUAAUACACAAGUAACACUUUUCUAUACUGGUUUAGUUCUAUUAGUCACAGCCAUGGCUACUUGCAUUACAUCACAAAGGUCAUACAUAUUUGAGCGAGGGAAAAGAAUGGGCCUCAAGAAACCGCGAGAUAUAUGGAAUGUAAGGCAAGCACUCGUGCAAAAGGGUGGCGAAGAAACACUCUUACGAGUACUACAAGAAGCGAAAUCAUCUACUGAUCCAAAGGUUUUGAAGAAUAGAGCAUAUCAUUGGCCUAGUGAGUUUUGGCUAUAUCGUUGCAAUGGGGUUUAUACUAUUGUUCUUAUAGUCUUAGUAUGUUGGGUAAUGCCUUGGUCCUUAAGGCUUGGAAUUCCUGUCCUAAUCUUGUUGUUGUCGACCUUGUUGUUUGUUGCCAAGCCAUGGUACCAUAUUACUGGAGUGGAAGAAGUGUCAUCAAUCGAACCUUUUGUGAUCUCAUUAAUGAUCAAAACUAUUGCAAAAUUUCUAAUAUGCAAGUUUCCUAUUUGGUCUACCUUUGUGGUCGGGGGCCUUGUGUCUUCCGUUGGGAACACUUAUUUCACGGAGCAAGCGGAACAAAUGGAUCCAAAGCUCGGACAUUGGGAAGUCCCCACUGCCUUUUUCAUGUUAUUCUAUAGACUUGUAAACUAUGUGACUACUAAAAUAUGUAAACGACUAAUCUCAUCCAACUGGAAAAAAUCUAGAUGGGUUAUUACCGUGUGUACACUAGGUGUCUCAGUCGUAUGUUGUAUGUCUGCUGCAUUGGUCGAGAAAAGAAGGUUAGAUGUGGUGAAGAGUCAUGGCUUGAUCGAUAAGUCUGAGGGGUCAGUUCCCCUGAGUAUGUUUCUUAUGCUACCACAAUUUUUCUUUUUGGGAGUUCUCGAUGGCACUUACAAUUGUUGUGUUUUCAAUUUCUUUCAAGAACAAACGCCGAGGUCUUUAAAGAAGUACUUGAACAGCUUCCUACAUUUUGUACUUGGAUUAGGGAUAUUUUGCAAUGUGCUCUCGGUAUAUAUAGUAGGAAAAGUUAGUGGCAGAGGAGGAAGGCAAACUUGGUUUCAGCCCAACCUUAACAAAAGUCGUCUCGACUACUAUUAUUGGAUGCUAACAUUGUUGAGUGCAAUAAAUUUUGCUAUCUAUUUAUUGGUAGCUUUAUAUUAUUCCAAAUUUAGAGAAUCUGAAUUGCCUGAACCUCUGCCUGACUCAGAAAUUGAGGAAGUUCAAGCAGCAGAGUUAAGGGGUUUGGAUUGGUUUGAUAUGGUGCCAUUACGUCAGUAAUCAUAUCAUUCAUGAGUGUGUUGUAAAACAUUUAUUGUUUACGGCAACAUGUUGUAAAACAUCAAAGAUGGUAUUUUCUUAAGGGUUAUGCUAUAUGCAACCCUUAGGGCUGCAUAUAAGACAUAAAUACAU